AGCCCUGCCCAGGCCGUGUCCCCGCCUCCAGUAUCCUGAACCACUUCUUCCCGAGCUGAGGAGGCAUUUUCCCACCCCGCUGCGGUCUAGGUGGCGUUUCUGUUCGGCCACGAGAGACUGUGUAGCCCCGCCGCCCGCGGGCAAUGGUGCGGCGGAGCGCGCGGACGCGGGCGGCCCUACGGCGGGCAUGAAGAAGGAUGGAAGGGCAGGACGAGGUGUCGGCGCGGGAGCAGCACUUCCACAGCCAAGUGCGAGAGUCCACGAUAUGUUUUCUUAUUUUUGCCAUUCUCUACAUCAUUUCCUACUUCAUCAUUACAAGAUACAAGAGAAAAUCAGAUGAACAAGAAGAUGAGGAUGCUGUAGUCAACAGGAUAUCGUUGUUUCUGAGCACCUUCACUCUAGCGGUUUCAGCUGGUGCGGUUUUGCUUUUACCCUUCUCAAUCAUCAGCAAUGAGGUCCUGCUCGCUUUUCCUCAGAACUACUAUAUUCAGUGGCUGAAUGGCUCCUUGAUCCACGGUUUGUGGAAUCUUGCUUCUCUAUUUUCCAAUCUUUGUUUAUUUGUGUUGAUGCCCUUUGCCUUUUUCUUUCUGGAAUCAGAAGGUUUUGCAGGCCUGAAAAAGGGAAUCCGAGCCCGCAUUUUGGAAACUCUGGUCAUGCUGCUGCUUCUUGCGUUGCUGAUUUUUGGGAUGGUUUGGGUGGCUUCCACCCUGAUUGACAGUGAUGCUGCCAGUACGGAGUCUUUAUAUGAUCUCUGGGAAUUCUACCUGCCCUAUUUGUAUUCUUGCAUUUCACUGCUGGGGUGCCUGCUGCUUCUCUUGUGUACUCCAGUUGGCUUGUCCCGUAUGUUCACAGUGAUGGGUCAGUUGCUGGUGAAGCCAGCGAUUCUUGAAGACCUGGAUGAACAAAUUUAUAUGAUUACCCUAGAAGAAGAAGCACUCCAGAGAAGACUACAUGGGCUAUCUUCAUCGGUGGGAUACAACGUAACGGAAUUGGAGCAAGAACUUGAGAAUGUAAAGACCCUUAAGACAAAAUUAGAAAGGCGAAAAAAGGCUUCAGCAUGGGAGAGAAAUUUGGUGUAUCCUGCUGUUAUGAUUCUACUUCUGAUUGAAACAUCCAUUUCAGUCCUCCUGGUGGCGUGUAAUAUUCUUUGCCUGCUGGUUGAUGAGACUGCAAUGCCAAAGGGAACAAGGGGCCCUGGCAUAGGAAGCGCCUCUCUCUCCACUUUUGGCUUUGUGGGAGCUGCACUUGAAAUCAUUCUUAUUUUCUAUCUCAUGGUGUCUUCUGUUGUUGGUUUCUAUAGCCUCAGAUUUUUUGGAAACUUUACACCCAAGAAGGAUGACACAACUAUGACAAAGAUCAUUGGGAAUUGUGUGUCAAUCUUAGUCUUGAGCUCUGCUUUGCCUGUGAUGUCAAGAACAUUGGGAAUCACUAGAUUUGAUCUGCUUGGAGACUUUGGAAGAUUUAAUUGGCUGGGAAAUUUCUAUAUUGUAUUAUCUUACAAUUUACUCUUUGCCAUCAUGACAACAUUGUGUUUGAUCAGAAAAUUCACAUCAGCGGUACGAGAAGAACUUUUCAAGGCUCUAGGACUUCACAAACUUCACUUGUCAGAUACCUCAAGGGAUUCAGAAACUACAAAGCCUUCUGCAAAUGGACAUCAGAAAGCACUGUGAGAUCUGCCUGCCUCAGUAGCACUCUACAACAAGUCCUGACAACUCCUGAUUCAUGACAUUCCCAUAGACACUGUUAAUUCUGGUGGGUCUGGGCCCAACCGUCAGUGCCCCUUCUCAUAAGCACUGACAACUUGGCACUGCUCAUCUAUCUCCUUUGAGUUUUCUGAUUGACCUUGGAGCUUUUGGUUAAGCCCUGAGUCUGAGACACUGAGGAAAAGCUGUGUGACUCUAGCGGGAGCCAUCUGGAUGAGAGGGGACUUUCUUAUGCAUUGCUUUACACUAUAGAAGUUUGGUUCUUCAGGCAAAAGCCUACCUGAAAGUCAUCUGGUACCCAAUGCAUUUUCACAAGGUCUUGGAAACUGCUGUACAAGUAACAAACUACAUUUUUUAUUUCCUUAAAAAACUAAAAGCAGAUUUUCUGAUCCAUGUUACAGAAUCUUCAUUAGCCUUGGUGGGCAGCCCCAGGACUGCGGUUUUGUGGUACGCUGCAGUGUGAAGCACAUGUGAUUGUAGAGUUGGACAGUGCGUGCACCUGGUAAUAAUUUUCAUUAUAGGCUGUAUGUACAUUCACUUUUUAAAACCUUUGUCCAAAAAUUUCUCCAUUCUGUGCUUGUUGUGCGCGUGCAACCCAAGGGCAGAAAGUGAAUCUUCUUCAUGUCCCUCAGGCUUCGGUGGCUGUCAUACACAUCACUUUACAUCUCCACCUCAGGAAGAGUACCAGUGCGAUAUCCACAACUUCAAGGCCAGGUUCUCCACGGAAGGGCAGGUGCAGUGUAAUAUGAGCUCAUAACUAUUCAUUUGUUUAGUUUAAUUGUUGGGAUGGUUUCCCAACUCCUGAGUCUACUGAUUAAAAACAACAACAACAACAACAACAAAACCAAACAAUGAACACAUGCUAUUGUUGGUCCUAGGUAGCACACAUUUCAUGUGUGCUAUAUGGAUGACAAAACAGGGUUUGUUUUCAGAAAAAGAAGUAAAGCACUUUUUCUCAAAUUGUUGAAUUUAGUUUCUUUUAGAGAAAUAUAUGAAAGGCUGUAUCAGACAUUUUUUUCUUUUACUUAGAAAAACAAGAAGAUUUAGCUCUAUGUUUAUAAGCCAUUGAGUCCACAGCUUUACUUAAACCAUGGCAUUCCCUGGUAGUUUUAAAGAAACUCGGUGCUGUGGCUCUGAGCGAGUCAGUAUGUGCCUCCAGUGAGUACUGCUCGAUUUCCGAGUGUGAGCUCCUGCACUAGCACUGUACGAGUGACUAUUUCAGACUUACCUGAUCAUUAAUGCCAGACUGAAGCAGAGCAAGUCAAGGAGAGGCCAGAGUUUUCUACUCAGUCACUUACGGUGCACACCAUUUGCCAGCAACCAAACAGCUCUGUAAGGUAAGGUGUCGAAAAUUUCAUAAAACACUGAACUUUUCAA